GAGUUAAAAGCAGAGUGAAUAGUGUAUUACGUACGAAGUCGUAGUGGCGGCAGUACAACGAGAGGUGUGUUAGGCUUGGGAUAUUUGAAGAGUUACGAUUGUGCAUCAGGUUGUGAAAUUAUUUUUACGAUAAAAUUUAUUUUCAUAUGCGUCGCAAGAAUCCCUAUUAAUCGUGUUUUAUAGUUUAUAACAGAUGAUAUGGCGGAAGCACAUUCAGCUGUAGCAUUUAGUUUUUCCAUUACUCAUGAAGGCUGGGAUGUUAAUUUUGAUAGAGAAGUUUUACAUUUAGUAUGGCAAUCAGGUAUACGUUCUUGGAAAAAAAGAUUUUUCAGAUUUGUUAAUAAUUUAAGAAGUGGGGUAUAUCCUGCCUCCUUGGAAAGUUUAUGGCUUACUCUAACUGUAGUGACUGCGAUACAUUUUGCUGGCUACAAGGUACCUUAUGACCUUGUUGGUAAAGCUGCACCAUAUCUUUCAGGAUCUUCAGUAUUGGCACACUUAGCAGGAUCUUUUAUAGUUGGGCUGCUUUUGUGGUUGGUAGUAAUAUAUGUAAUUCGAUACACCUUUAAAUUAUUGCUUAUGUACAAAGGAUGGAUAUAUGAAUCAAGAGAAAAAGGAUCCAGUGCUACACGGGUUACCAAAGUGUGGACUACAUUAGUGAAAUUAUUCUUUGGGUGGCAUAAACCAAUGCUCUAUAGUUUUCAAGGAUCGUUGCCACGGUUACCAUUACCUUCAGUGGAAGAUACAAUGAAACGGUACCUACGAAGUGUCCGUCCACUACUUGAUGAUGAAAAUUAUGCUCGAAUGGAAACAUUGGCUAAUGAAUUCCAAAAGGGAAUUGGCGUGAAACUUCAGCGUUAUUUAAUUUUGAAAUCAUGGUGGGCUACAAAUUACGUUUCUGAUUGGUGGGAAGAUUAUGUUUAUUUACGUGGAAGAUCCCCUAUCAUGGUGAAUUCAAACUUUUAUGGUAUUGACGCCAUUCUUAUGUACCCUACUAAUGUACAAGUUGCCCGUGCUGCAAGUGUUAUUUAUUCAUGUCUACAGUACAGACGACUCAUUGAACGGCAAGAAUUAGAACCGAUAUUGAUUCAAGGAUUAGUACCACUUUGUUCAUGGCAAUAUGAAAGAUUAUUUAAUACUACAAGGAUACCAGGACGUGAAACAGAUAAAAUCACACAUUAUCAGGAUUCUAAACAUAUUGUAGUAUAUCAUAAAGGAAGAUAUUUCAAAGUUCUCAUUUAUCAUAAAAACAGAAUUCUUCAACCAUGUGAAAUUGAAAUACAAAUGCAACAAAUUUUAGAUGAUAAAUCAGAACCAUUAGAAGGUGAAGAGAAAUUGGCUGCAUUAACAGCUGGUGAAAGAACUGCAUGGGCAAUAGCUAGAGAAGAAUUUUUCUCAAAGGGGAUAAAUAAAGCAUCCCUAGAUCUCAUUGAAAAAGCUGCAUUUGUAGUUGCAUUAGAUGAUGUACCAUAUGUAUAUGAUGCAGAAGACCCAGACAAAUUAGAUCAGUAUGGUCGAAUUUUAUUGCAUGGUAAAGGAUAUGAUAGAUGGUUCGAUAAAUCUUUUACCUUGUGUAUAGGCAACAAUGGUAGAACUGGCUUUAAUGCGGAACAUUCAUGGGCAGAUGCUGCAGUGAUGUCACAUUUGUGGGAGUACGUGAUAUCUCAGGAAAACAGCAAUAGAGAGGCUGAUGCGCCUAUUAUGGGAUCGCUAUGGGAAUAUGUUAUCGCUAAUGAGGUGGAAAUGGGAUACAAAGAAGAUGGAUAUAAUAAGGGAACACCAGAAUUCACACCACCUGCUCCAGUUCGGCUUCAGUGGGAUUUAAAUCCAAGUUGCAUAGCUGCCAUUGAAGAAUCGAAUCAAGUUGCACAGAAUUUACUAAAUGAUGUUGAAUUACGCAUUUAUGUACAUGAUGCAUAUGGUAAAGGCUUCAUGAAAGUUAAUUCAAUGUCACCGGAUGCAUACAUACAAAUGGCUUUACAGUUAGCAUAUUUCCGUGAUGCUGGUAAAUUUAAUUUAACUUAUGAAGCAUCAAUGACUAGACUAUUCAGAGAAGGAAGAACAGAGACAGUCAGACCAUGUACAAUUGAAUCUACAGAAUGGGUGAAAGCGAUGGAAAGUAAAGAUACAAAUAUAGAGACAAAGUAUGAACUUCUGUUAACAGCAGCAAAACAACACCAAAAAGGUUAUCAAAAUGCUAUGUGUGGUAAAGGAAUAGAUAGACACUUAUUUUGUUUAUAUGUAGUAUCCAAAUAUUUAGAAGUGGACUCUCCUUUCUUAAAGGAAGUUUUAAGUGAACCAUGGAAGUUAUCUACUUCGCAAACACCACAUGGUCAAACUUCAUUAAUAAAUUUGAAAAAACAUCCAAAUUGUAUCUCUGCAGGAGGAGGUUUUGGCCCUGUAGCUGAUGAUGGUUAUGGUGUUUCGUACAUUAUUGCUGGAGAAAAUCUUCUAUUUUUCCAUAUUUCAUGUAAACGUAGUUCUCCAAAGACAAAUGCUGCCCGAUUUGCGAAACAAAUAGAAAAAGCAUUAGCCGAUAUGAAGAAUUUGUUUCUUGAAAGAAAGAAAUUGCAAGCUCAAAAGAAUGGUUCUAUGUAAUCAUUUUGCAGCAAAACACAAUGCAGUUACAAUAGUAUACUAAUGAAAAUUUGUGAUUUUAAUUAUCUUUUUUAAUGU